CCCUGUGGUUGAAAUGGACGCUCCGUUCCAUCUACCCUGCGAAGGUGACAGAAAAACGUGUGCAGUCGGCAGUGGAAAAUUCCAGGUCGGAAAACACGAACGUUUUGGACAGGAUGUCGUCUGUCGUCGUUGUAACCAGGCAAUUGUUUCGUGUACAGAGGAUAUUCCAUCAUCUGAGAAUGUCCUCCACAGCUGCCACACAGCCAGAAGUCCUGUUGGAGAAACAGAAGAAUGUUGGAGUCAUCACCCUGAACCGGCCCAAGGCCCUGAACGCACUCAACCUCAACAUGAUCAGACAGAUAUACCCCAAACUUAAGGAGUGGGAAGAUAAUGACGACACAACCAUGAUCAUCAUAAAAGGUGCUGGAGACAAAGCCUUCUGUGCUGGGGGUGAUAUCAGAGCUGUGACAGAAGCUGGGAAGACUGGAGAUCGACUUGCUGCAGACUUUUUCCGGGAGGAGUACAUCCUUAACAAUGCAAUCGGCACCUGUCCUAUACCUUACAUAGCCUUUAUCGAUGGGAUCACUAUGGGAGGGGGUGUCGGAUUGUCUGUCCAUGGUUUAUAUCGUGUUGCUACAGAGAGGACGUUAUUUGCCAUGCCUGAAACUGCUAUAGGUCUGUUCCCUGAUGUAGGCGGUGGUUACUUCCUGCCCAGGCUAGGCGGUUCCCUGGGGAUGUACCUGGCUCUGACCGGAUACAGGUUAAAGGGCAGGGAAGUCUACAAGGCCGGCGUGGCCACACAUUAUGUGGAGUCAGACAAGCUGCCAGCAUUAGAAGAGGAACUGAUGUCCCUGAAACAGUCCUCCUCCCAGAAGAUUGACGAACUGCUGACAAAAUAUCAUAAAGAGACCAAGAGGGAGAUGCCCGAAGUGCCUGAGUUUUCUCUGGAACCUCACAUGGACAAAAUCAACAACCUGUUUUCCCCAGACAGUGUAGAGGAGAUCUUUGAGGCACUGAUGGAGGAUGGGUCAGAGUGGGCUAUGCAGCAGUUGGAGAAACUGAAGAAGAUGUCCCCCACAUCUAUGAAGAUCACCCAUCGGCAGCUGUCCAUGGGAGGCCACCUGAGCCUACAGGAGUGUCUGCAGAUAGAGUACAGGAUGAGCCAAGGAUGUGUGAGAGGGCACGAUUUUUACGAGGGAGUCAGAGCCGUUCUUGUGGACAAAGAUCACUCGCCCAAGUGGAAUCCCAGCACCUUGGAAGGGGUGACGCCGAGGAUGUUGGAUUCGUACUUCGAGCCCAUACCGCUCUCCUAUCUGCCCGCCAAGGAACUGCACCUCUAAGCAAAGCCAAUCAGGAUGUUUUCGUACUUUCAGUGAAAAACAAAAGAAUUACUACAUGUCCACCUUACACGAUGCCUGCUCUUUGGCAUAAUUGUGAUCGAGGAAAGAUAUAUCAGUGGAAACUCUGCAGUUGUUGAUGUUGUGCAUCAAUGGAUCAACACACAUUGUUCCAACUGCCUUCUCUCUCGGUCAUGAUGUAAAAACCUUUGCCUUGACAUCUUUUGAACUUCUCUAUUUAAAAUGAUAUAUUAAUUGUAUCUGCAUUAAGAUAAAACCAGGACAUUCCUGUGAUGACUAAUCAUACUAGGGGUGGGUACUGGUACAGAAAAUUCAGGUCCAGGUAUGGUCCAGGUCCAGAGGAUCAGGUCCGGACCUGAACCUGGACCUGAUUGUCUGUGAAAUCUUGUGAAUGGUCGAUACACAAAACAAUGGUCCAUUUUGCUACUAAGGAUUCGGUUUGGUAGAGUAUCAGACUUCCACUGGCAUUUAAAAUCCUGUCUUCAUGUAAACAACACCAUUUUCCACCAAGUUAGACUUCUUAAUUAGAAACUUGGUAAAAAUGACGGUCAACUCUCCUUUACUUUGCUCCAGUUAUUUUCUUGGACGAGUAAGCCCCAAAACAUGUGAACCUCCACUGAAGUUCAUUUUCUAAUUGGUCCAAGAUCCGGUCCACUGAUUUUUUUUUUCAGGUCUGUUUUUUUUUUUGCACUGGUCCAACAAGAAAAAUCAGUUUUAUACCAUACAAUGUACCUGUACCCACCCCUACUUCAUACCAAAACCACACUAAAUCCUGUGUACUUACACCCUAGAUAAAUUGGUUAUCUCAAUGGCUAUCAAAAUGUUCAAAACUAUAAUUUGAUGUAAGUCCAUGUUAAAUUAAUAAUGUGAAUAGCAUCCUCUGAGAAUCCCAAAACUGAUGUGUGUGAAAUAAAAUAAAAAGUCUGGUAAAAAAUUGCCUUCAUUUUGAAAUGGAAGUGGUCUGGAUGGUUUAACAAAUGACUAAAUACACAAUUAAACAUAGUAUUGUAUGUUCUUGUCCUUUCACAUCCUUUCUUUGAAUCUGUUUUCCAGUAUGUUGUUUGCAAUAUAUGAGAUAUAUUUGCUCAUUUUGACGCUGUAUGAUUUGCUGUAUAGGCAAAAACUUUUUUGAAUGGACGCAGAUCUCAUCCACAUAAUGGUAUAAACAAGGCCUAGUUUGUAAAUGUGUCAUAAACCGGACACACUAAGUUGGAAACAAACAAAAAAUAACUGAAGGAACUUUCUCUUGAUUAUAUGAAAUUCUAUGACAUAAUUGUAUUAUAUGUCUAUAUACUAGUAUAUUAAGCACUACUUGUAAAUCUCCACUUGUAUAUUGUUUCUUUCAUUUUAUAAUGUAAGAGAAAUGUGCCAUUGUGAUGUACUGAUAUAAUGUGUGCCAAGGCAAGUGCUAGCUGACUACUUUUUGGCGACGCCUCAGGAGCGAGCCAAAUGGUAUAUUAUUUCAUUAUAGUUCUUGUUUUUGUACUUCCAUUUAUUUCCAGCCACUCACCAGCUGUAUGUCAAGACUAAUUUCCAGUAUGAGCCAAUUCAUAAUAAAAACUGCUUAUCUAAAUUUGAUUUCAUAACAUUGGUUACUUAAUAUAGAAACAUCACUGGGAAUAUCUAAUGAUAGAUUUUUAUCUUUGAAAGGUACCAGUUUGACGAAAAUAAUUAUACUCAGAUUCAGUACAAGUUGAACUAUUACAAUCCAGUGACAGUGUCUUUUCAAAUAAGAGUAACCCUUAUAUAUUGAUAAUCUUCGUAUGUGCUCAACCUUUGUUGACAAGAAUGUGUGUUAUCUGCCUUGUUUGAAAAUAACAAGUAUGUGAAUUAUCUACCUUGUUUGGAACUAGCAAGAACUGUAAAUUUGACUUAGUGUACUGGCAUUGUCAGUGUAUAAUGUUCACAUUGCCAAAGGAGUUAAGUUGAAUGGUUUUGUAACAUUCUGGCAUCACUGCAUCAGAUAACAAAUGCCUUUGGAAAUAAAGCAUGGUCAUGAUCAGGAGAUGAGUGACACUUGUCAGUUUUUGUGACCUUCUGUGUGUUGUAGAGGCUGUAUGUCUCACAGUUACCGACUAUUGAACUGGAUUAGGAGCUCAACCAAGAGUCUGAAUAUUACCAGGCGAGCUAUAGGGACAUCCCUUCAUUCUGCACCCAUCUAUUUUGCUUACGCUACUGCUACAAGUUAUAGAACUUUGGGUAUUUUCUUUUACAAACUAGAGAACUGUUGCACCUUCAAACAAUAUGACGUUUAGGGCAGUAGUUUGAUAAGUAAGUAACCUGCCAGCAAAUUACUAUAUUACUAUUUCAUCAACGUGCAUUAGGAAAUAAAUGAACACAAGUGAGUGAUUUAUUGAGUGACUUUAUUAUGCUCGUACAUACAAUAAAAUACACAAAUACAUAUACCUAAGUUACACGUUGUAAAAUGGUAGGUGAAGGGUACAAUACCUAAGCUACACGUUGUAAAAUGGUUGGUAAAAGGUACAAUACAAAGCUAAACUACACGUUAUAAAAUGGUAGGUGAAAGGUACAAUACCUAAGCUACACGUUGUAAAAUGGUAGGUGAAAGGUACAAUACCUAAGCUACACGUUGUAAAAUGGUUGGUGAUAUU